AUGGAUCUCCAGGUCGAAUAUGCCACCGAGGCCGAUGGCCUCGGCUUGGCCAGGAUCAACACCAUCAGCUUCCAGAACCGCGGAAUGCUGUCCUUGUUCUUCCCAGAGGCCAGUCAGCAGCAACUGGAGGCGUAUAAGGCGGUCUAUUCAAUGAAGCACCUGGCCAACCCGGAGAUGCACGUUCUGAAGCUGGUCGACCCAUCCACCGGCGAGCUGAUCGGCUACGCGCGGUGGUUCAUCCCCAAGGCGCUUGGGGGAGAGACAGUACCGCAAUUGAGUGAGCAGGCACAAGAGGCAGCGCGCGAUCCCGUAGCAUAUGCGCCACAACCUUUCAAUGAACCUGCCUACACAGCCUUUCGGCAGCUGCUGGAGACCUCGCGCAAGAAGCACACCACAGAGCGGGAUAUGAUGCUGGACCUGCUGGCCGUCUUGCCCAAAUAUCAAGGCCGGGGCCUGUCGUCCAAGCUGCUGCGUUGGGGCUGUUCGCGGGCAGACGAGUUGGGGGUCCGAGUCUACCUUGAGGCGACCGGCGAGGGGUACCCGGUGUAUAUCAAGUAUGGCUGGAAGCCUGUCGAGGAGGUCUCGCUGGACCGGUCACUAUAUGGCGCGGAGGGAAAGGAAAGCUUUACGCUGAUGAUACGUGAUCCGCAGCCGCAAUAG